AUGUCUUCCAAGCAAGAAAACUGCCUACGCCGUGAUUGCACCUCGGCACGCAGCUGCCGAAAGGCCCGUCACGACUCCAAAAAUAACCCGUCGAACGCGGGUCCCCUGAGCAACCAAGUGGAGCCACGAGCCACCGCCUCAGGUCAACAACAGGGCCUUGGAACCAGAACAGGGCAGAGCCAUGGCCUCAUGGAUCUUGCUGGAAGUAUCAUGUCGCUCAUAUCCUCCGCCGCCGCCCCAAGCGCAACAAGCACCUCGUGCACCACAGCCGACUUCUCCGUCUUCCCAACCCAAGACAUAUUCUGCGGCGUAGGCAGCACAACGGGCGUCGCGUCCAACACGUCCUCCGCACUCAAACAAUGCUGCAAAGACGCACCGGUCGAGGAAUUCAACGGCUCCUGCGGAUACUACUGUCUCAGCUACGAACAGACGGUUGCUGAUCUGCGGACUUGCUUCAUGGACAACGGGGUCAACCCGAGGGAUAUCCUUUGCUCGGGGAAUAAUACUGCGAGUGCGACGGGCACGCCUAGUGGUGGUGCGAGUCGCACGGGCAGUAGUGGUCCGGAUGCUACGGGUGAGGAUGGGAAGCCGGAUACGGGGGCUGCGGUGCAUGUGGGUGUUUCGAAGACUGCGGUGGGUAUGCUGGGCAUGCUUGUCAUGUCGGCGUUUGCUGGUGCGCUGUUGUAG